AUGAUCUACACCACUCUCCAUAGAUGCUUUGCAAAUGUUGAACCAUUUCCUACAUGCCGCAGCAUACGAAAGUUCUCAGCCUCGUCGCGCCGCAAGGGUCACUACCAAACGUUGUCUGUACCCAAGAAUGCGACGAGGAGUCAGAUUAAGUCGAGCUACUACAAGCUCACCAAGUUAUAUCACCCCGAUGUGGCUGUAGAGCCAGGUGCAAAGGAGAGAUUUCAGGCCGUCAGCGAAGCGUAUGCCGUACUAGGCGAUGACAGGAAGCGACGGGCUUAUGACCGCUCUCUCGAAGAGAACCAGCAAUCUCGACAACAUCAAGCGCAAGCACACCAUUCUCCUUAUUCUGCACACUGGUCUCACGAGCCUCAACGUCGUCGAGGCGCGACAUAUGCGUGGGACCGGCAUCCACGCCGGCCAGCAGGUACCUCCUACCGACAACCACCAGGCUCUGCUUCUGGGUCUGCAUACCAGCCGCCGCACGCCCGCGACGACCCUUUUGUAUCACCGAACGUACAGCGCGCGACAGGCCGCAGAGGAUCCUCGCGCAUGCAGGAGGGGCAUUCAGAUGCGGAUCGAGUGAGCAGCGAGUCGGGCUUCUGGCGAACGGUGCAGGUCAUCGGUGUUGUGUUGACGGUCGCGGCAAUUGGUGGAGGGUUCAGCGCGAAUGCUGCAUGA